GACGAAGAAGAAACCCUUCGCUAAUUGGACCAACUUCGGCGUUCCUCUUCUGUAGCCGGAAGUGUUUUAUUUUUAAAGAUGUCAGUAUUUAUAGCACAGCGCGUUAGAAGAGCUGCGGUAAUUCCACACGUGGAGUGCUUGAAGGACAGAAGUAAAGAGACUAAAUGUCCGUUCUGAUUGCUGUGUAUCAUCACACUUCCGGUCUCUCCGCGUCUCUGCCAUGCCGAACCCGAGGAACACCAGUCCCAAAAGACCGAGGUUGGACUGGAGGUUCAUCAAGAGAUUCUGCAGAAUAUUAAGAGUGCUUUUCCCGAGAUGGUGCAGUCGGAACGUUGUCAUGUACGGCACGCUGCUCGGAGUCACUCUUUUAGUUCAGCUGGUGAUUUACCAGGUGGGUCUGAUCCCCAGUCAGUUCUUCGGCGUGUUGUCGGAGAAGAACUACGGCAAGUUUAAGGAGCUGGUGGCGUUUUCCGUCCUGCUCGUCCUGCUCAACUCUGCGCUGAAGAGUCUGGAGCAGUACAUCAGCAAUCUCCUGUACAUCAGCUGGAGGAAAUGUCUAACGCGGAGCCUCCAUCGAGAUUACUUCAGCGGAUGGGUCUUCUACACUCUCAACGUCCUCCAGAAGGACGUCGAUAACCCAGACCAGAGGAUGACUCAGGAUGCAGAGAAGUUGUGUAAUCAGUUGAGCAGCAUGGCCAGUCGACUGGUGAUUUCCCCGUUCACCAUCUCCUACUACUCGUACCAGUGCUUUAACAUCACUGGAUGGAUUGGAUUCGUCAGUAUCCUUGGAUACUUCCUGGUCGGCACCGUCGCCAACAAGUUCCUGAUCGGACCCGUCGUGUCCACGUUGGUUGAACAGGAAAAGCUGGAAGGAAACUUCAGGUUCAAGCACAUGCAGAUCAGAGUCGGUGCCGAAUCCGCGGCUUUCUACAGAGCAGGGAACGUGGAACACGUGCGGACGGACCACAGACUCCAGAGUCUCUUGCACACACAGAGGAACCUGAUCAACCGGGAGCUCCUGCUCUAUCUUGGAGUAAACACGUUUGACUAUAUGGGAAGCAUCCUCAGCUACAUCAUCAUUGCCAUACCCAUCUUUGCGGGCGUGUAUGAUGGUUUGAGCCCGGAGGACAUCACCGUUCUCAUCAGCAAGAAUGCCUUUGUGUGCAUGUACCUGAUUAAUUGUUUCACGCAGCUUAUAGAUCUUUCCACGACAGUCUCCGAUGUUGCAGGUUACACCCACAGAAUUGGAGAACUACAGGAAGUGAUGAAGGAUAUCAGCAGGAAGCAGGAUGAUCAAGAAGACGGUAUGCCUGCGGGGAUGGGUAACUUCGUCAGGGAUGGAGAGACCUCGCCCUCUUCCAGCGGCGCUGCUGUCGUACUGGACAAGCUGUCCUUUACGUCUCCGUUCUCCGAGGAUCUGCUGGUGAAGGACUUGAGUCUCGGGGUUUAUGAGGGAACACACCUGCUGGUGGUGGGAAACACGGGCACGGGGAAAACAUCUCUCCUCAGGGUCCUCAACCUUCUGUGGGAACCUUCUAAUGGUUCUGUUCAGAUGAACACGUGUUUUGGGCCGAGGGGAAUCAUGUUCCUGCCCCAGAAACCCUUCCUGACCGACGGCACCCUUCGAGAACAGGUGAUCUUCCCCUUAAAAGACAUCAUUCCAGACACAGGUUCUGUUGACGAUGAGAGAAUUUUGCGAUACCUGGAACUGGCUGGGAUGUCCAGUCUUUUGAAGAGGACGGGAGGUCUGGACGGGAAAGUGGACUGGAACUGGUAUGAUGUUUUAUCACCAGGAGAGAUUCAGAGGCUGUGCUUUGCCAGGCUUUUCUACCUGCAGCCAAAAUACGCAGUGCUGGAUGAAGCCACCAGCGCUCUGACAGAAGAAGCUGAGGAACAGAUGUACAGGGCUUGUAAACAGCUGGGCAUGACUCUGAUAAGCCUGGGUCACCGCAGCAGCCUGAAGCAGUAUCAUGAUGUCAUGCUGAGGCUGUAUGGAGGCGGGCAGUGGGAACUCACUGAAUUGGAAACGAGGUGAAUCUCCCGACAAAAUAUGGGAUUUUUCCCUCAUUUUAGGAGGGAGGAGGAGUGACAGGUUUUAUUUCAGUUCACACUGAAAACGCGUGUAAGUAUAAUUUGCACCUGAAACACUGAUAAUCGGGUGAGGAGCGCCGAGUUGGACCUGGGACUUUCCCGAUUUCCUGAUAUUUACAACGCAGCGUUUUUAUCAAGGCGGUGUAGUUCCACUAAUCGGUCAACAGCACUCGAUAAAAUCUGAAAUCUUUCCAAAAACAUCAAACUACACAUUACAGUUAAGUGUUGAAGGUUCUAUCCAGGAAUAUUCCAUCAUGCAUAAUUGAAUUGUACACACAUUGUAAUGAUGGCAAAGGAGACAAUCAUUUCUUUAACUGAUUUCAGAUGAUUCAUUCAGUUGAUUCAGUCUUAGAAUAAACUUGAUUGGUGUUUAUUUUUGUUUUUUGUUGAAAGGGGGCAUUAAUGAAAUCCGUUGUAUUACACUUCUUCUUUUAAACUAUGCAAAAUGUAAUGCGAUGUAAUUAAAAUGUGUAAAAUCAUGUCACAAA